CACGAGGAAGCCAGAGUGUGAACUCAGAUGACGGCAUGAAACGUUUCCUCUUCCUCCUGACUUUUUAGCCGCGCCACUUAACGCGAGCCCCUACUGUAUUUUCCACCCCUCCGUCUUGGUACGGCCCUAGGAGUACGGAGCCUGCCGAGGGUCCCACGCUGGACGCGAGCGAGGAGGGUAUGUAGGGAAGUGGGCCAAUCGGGGCGCGGGUCACGGCGCAGGCGCGCUGGGGAGGGAGGGCUAUGCUAAUGUUGUUGAUAUCCUGGGGCCACCCUAGUUAAAGGGGGGAAAUCCGGGGGCUGCCGCAGCCGCCACGGGUCUGGGCCCAGCCGGGGCACCCCUGGAGUCGCCGUUGCCCCGGGGAGAGGUGCCUGCCCCCCAGCUCGGGGAGGGGGCGCCGCGGGCCUGGGGAGCACGGACCACCCCGACCCAUGAGGCCCUGAUGGAAAACACAAAGGAUCUGAUUGAACAUUAUUCACAAUCCCAAAGGAAAAGAAGAGACUCAUUCGGGAUGUUUGACGGUUAUGAUAGCUGCAGUGAGGACACAAGUAGCAGCUCCAGCUCUGAGGAGAGUGAAGAGGAAGUUGCUCCUUUACCUUCUAAUCUCCCAAUUAUCAAAAACAAUGGACAAGUCUACACGUACCCAGAUGGCAAAUCUGGCAUGGCUACCUGUGAAAUGUGUGGGAUGGUUGGUGUGCGAGAUGCUUUUUACUCCAAAACAAAGCGUUUCUGCAGUGUUUCGUGUUCAAGAAGUUAUUCGUCUAAUUCCAAGAAGGCAAGCAUUUUGGCCAGACUUCAGGUAACGGGUAAGCCUCCAACAAAGAAAGCAAAAGUUCUUCAGAAACAACCUUUAGUUGCUAAACUAGCCGCAUAUGCUCAGUAUCAAGCUACCUUGCAAAAUCAAGCAAAGACUAAAGCAGUAGUCUCCAUGGAAGGUUUCAGCUGGGGUAACUACAUCAAUAGCAAUAGCUUUAUAGCAGCUCCAGUUACCUGCUUUAAACAUGCACCUAUGGGGACCUGCUGGGGUGAUAUCUCAGAAAAUGUGAGAGUAGAAGUUCCCAAUACAGACUGCAGCCUACCUACCAAAGUCUUCUGGAUUGCUGGAAUUGUAAAAUUAGCAGGUUACAACGCCCUUUUAAGAUAUGAAGGAUUUGAAAACGACUCUGCUCUGGACUUCUGGUGCAAUAUAUGUAGUUCCGAUAUCCGUCCGGUUGGCUGGUGUGCAGCCAGUGGGAAGCCUCUUGUCCCUCCUAGAACUAUUCAUCAUAAGUAUACGAACUGGAAAGCUUUUCUAGUGAAACGACUUACUGGUGCCAAAACACUUCCUCCCGACUUCUCACAAAAGGUUUCAGAAAGCAUGCAGUAUCCUUUCAAACCUUGCAUGAGAGUAGAAGUGGUUGACAAGAGACAUUUGUGUCGGACACGAGUAGCAGUGGUGGAAAGUGUAAUUGGAGGACGAUUAAGACUAGUGUAUGAAGACAGUGAGGAUAAAACAGAUGACUUCUGGUGCCAUAUGCACAGCCCACUAAUCCAUCAUAUUGGCUGGUCUCGAAGCAUAGGCCAUCGAUUCAAAAGAUCUGAUAUUACAAAGAAACAGGAUGGACAUUUUGAUACACCACCACAUUUAUUUGCUAAGGUAAAAGAAGUGGACCAGAGUGGAGAAUGGUUCAAGGAAGGAAUGAAAUUGGAAGCUAUAGACCCAUUAAAUCUUUCCACAAUAUGUGUGGCAACCAUUAGAAAGGUGCUGGCUGACGGAUUCCUAAUGAUUGGGAUCGACGGCUCAGAAGCAGCAGAUGGAUCUGACUGGUUCUGUUAUCAUGCAACCUCCCCUUCUAUUUUCCCUGUUGGUUUCUGUGAAAUUAACAUGAUUGAACUUACUCCACCUAGAGGUUACACUAAACUUCCUUUUAAAUGGUUUGACUACCUCAGGGAAACUGGCUCCAUUGCAGCACCAGUAAAACUAUUUAAUAAGGAUGUUCCAAAUCACGGAUUUCGUGUCGGAAUGAAGUUAGAAGCAGUAGAUCUCAUGGAGCCACGUUUAAUAUGUGUAGCCACAGUAACUCGAAUCAUUCAUCUCCUCUUGAGGAUACACUUUGAUGGAUGGGAAGAAGAAUAUGACCAGUGGGUAGACUGUGAGUCUCCUGACCUCUAUCCUGUAGGGUGGUGUCAAUUAACUGGAUAUCAACUACAGCCUCCAGCAUCACAGUCGACAAGAGAAAGCCAAUCAGGUUCAUCAAAACAGAAGAAAAAGGCUAAGUCCCAGCAAUACAAAGGACAUAAGAAAAUGACUACAUUGCAGCUGAAGGAGGAGUUGAUAGAUGGAGAGGACUACAGUUUCCUGCAAGGAGCAUCUGACCCGGAAAGCAAUGGCUCUGCCAACUUCUACAUCAAGCAGGAGCCCUGAGGGGGCUCAGAACCGGAGGGUGGGAGGGAAGUUUCACACGGGACUGAUUUGUAGUCCACCCAGCUGUACGCGGGGCUGUGCUACUGGGACAUUUUGCUAAACAAAAAUUUCAGUUCCGGAUUUUUCAGGUGGGUGGGGAAACUAUUUUAGUCGUGGGGGGAAAUUUUUCAAUUUAUAAAGAUGGACAAUUUUUGUGUUGUAUUUGAAGCUUUUGAAAGAAUUUUGUAAUAUUUUACACGUUUGGAUUUAUGUGCAUUGUUAACAAGAACUGAAAUUCUAACUUUUUUGGUAAGAUUAAAGUUUAGGUAGCAGGACUGAAAGAAAUGAUUUAAGAAGGAUAUAGUUGUAAAUGCAAGUGAACUGUCAAUACAAAUGAACCUUUUUGGUACCUGUUGGGAGAUUUGGGGAUUUUAGAAGUUCGGCCAGUCACAUCUCCAGCUUCCUUUGCUGCAGAAAUAUGCAACUGAACCCCCUCCUGGAGGGGUUGUCACCAAAUGGAUCAUGGAAGGGGUGAUUAAUUCUGCUUGUCUGCAUUUUUAUUGCAGGCCAUUUUAAAUGUUUGUACAGAAAUGUUUUUCAUUCUGUGAACAUUUAUUUGGAGUUCUAUAUGAAACUGGAAGAACUCUGGAUACUUUUCUAUGUUCUCCUUUAAUUAAAAAAUGAUAAAAAUGAUCCUAACACUAAAGUGUUAAACUGGAAUGGUUGACCAGAUAUACAGGAUGUCAUUCUACAAGUUGAGGGGUAGGGAAAAAUGCAAUAUUGUUCUAAGUUUAUUUUAUUUUCCUUACUAAAAAGUACCCCACAAAAGGGAUUUUGAUUAGUUCUCUGCCACUUCCCUCCAUCUGUGAGAUAAUACUUGAUAUAACCACACCCCAAAACAGAUGUUCUGUGUUACCAGGAGAAUCAAAUUCAAAGUUGUUUAAAGCCAAAAUAAGUUUAGAUUUCAAAAUCAUUCCAGCUCUGCUUUUAACUAUCCUGGAUUUGUUAGAAAACUAAUUUGAAAGAGAAUUUAAUUUUCUUAAAAUUCCAUAUAUAUCUAUAUAGUAUGAGCUGUCUUUAUUUGUGUUCAGAAUUAGUUUUAACAAUAAUAACUGAUUUGGACCAUUUUGAACAUUCCCUAUUUUAAAAUUCGUAUGGCUUCCUUUCAAAAAAGGAUCUAAGGGUAAAUUGGUGAAAGGUUUGCUCUCUGCAUUUUCUAAUGUUGAGUUGUGACUGAAUGAGAGAGCUCUAGCGUUUACCAGUGAGGUUCAUAAACUAAACUCUCAGGAAUUACUGCAUCUGUUCUAGAAGUGCUUCUGGGUCUUAGCCUGGCCUCUUCAGAGUGGUGAUAGUGACCAUCUCCUCUGGAAUAUAGGUAGGGCUAAUUAGAAAUUAAUCAAAAUGAUUAAACUCUACAGUCCUUCAACCUAUGGAAUGCUUUAAAAAAUGCUAAUGGAAAGCCCCAGGAGACAUUUAGGUAAGAUUUUUGUUUGAAUUUUAAAACGCAUAGAACAUUAAAAACCAGCAAUUUAUUUUCUAAAAUAAUGCUCUACUUUUGGGAAUAAUAGCAUUGGUAAUACGCACAGGUUUACCUCAUUCUAUGCAAGAGGGGUUAAUAACAUAAGGUUUUGUAGUUGCUACUGGAAGUAAAAUUUGUUGCUUUAUUAAUGUAAGAAUGUAUGGAAUCGCAUGUCAACAUUUCUUAAUACUGACUCUUUAGGGGCAUAAAUGCAGAUCAUAUCAACGCCAAGUUGAUCCUCAUGUGUCAAAUAUAUGUGAAAUUCCGCUGUUAAAUUACUGGAUGUUUAUCUUAAACAACAUUACUGAGAGGGACCUACUGUAAAUGUGACAUCCUCACACUUCCCAAAUCUUUAACUUUUAAGGAUCUUCCCGUAAACUUAAAGCCUAGACGACUUCCAAAGCAGGCGUUACAACCAUCUUUGUUCUCAGACUCGGUGAAUUAAACCCAGGACUCUGAUUUCAUGAGAUGGACACGAGAAGCCUGUUGGAUGGCUUGCUCUUCCAGUACCUUGGGCUCAGAGGCUCAGUAGGGAACUGAGUUAGUCAGGAGGGAUUUGAUUUGGAGCCUGGUAAUUAGUUCUGUGAAAUGCUCAUUUGUUUAUAAGCUUCCGGUUCUAGAGCAAAGCCAGGCUCCGAGUGCUUUUUAAUUUCCCGCCUAUUCAUGAAGGUGGUUCUUGUCUUGAUCCCAUGGCCACAGUUAAAGGUUGGUAGGACUUCCUACGUCUCAAUACAAUCUGAAGCCCUCUUUGUUGUUCAGACUCUUUAACUCCUGCUGCCAGUGAGCAGAAAGUAAGUUCAUGCAGAGGAGAUUUCUGUAUUAGCCAUAACUCCAGUUGUACAACUCAGCCCCAUUAUCUUUUACGGUUCAAAAUGUACUGCUGACCUUGGGUUUGUUUUUGUUUUUUUCCUGUUAGGAUUAUUUGGGGCUUUUGGUAGUUUAAAUUCUUUAACCUUUUCUUUGCUGUGUAUGAGGAAAGCUAAAGCUGUUAUCAACUUCUUUUUCUACGGAUACUAACACGGGUUUUCAGUGUUUGUUUGUUGUUAUUAUUAAUUUUGCGUGAUGUGAAUACCCUCUCCCAUCAAUAUUUGUAUUAUGGUGCUAUAUAUUUGGUAAUGAUCCUUUACUAUUGGGAAGGGAUUUUAAAAAUACUGUGAUUAAACUGGGUUUCUUCCUUUGAUUUUCAUAUUUUAAAUAAAGCCACAGUCAUUUAUACAAAAGAAAAGCGUCUGUCCCUGGGCAAGUCUUUUGAGGACAGAGGUCAAAGUAAACUGCAUAAGGUUUUUACAUCAUUUCUGUAUGUAUUUGAUAUAUAGACCAAUAUCUGUACAAAUUUAAUCUUUUAUUUUCUUGGUAACUUGUGAUCAUUGAGAAAGUAUUUGAAACUUUCUCAGGAAGUGUAUAUAAUGGCGUGAAAAAUUCUUCGGAGAAAUUUAUGUUUCUUUCAUUUUUACCAAAUUGCAAAUUUCCAGCAUGAAUGUGAAAGCAUUAAAAUUAUAACUUUGUGUACAAGAUGAAAAUAAUUCACUAAAUUUGCCCUUUUUUACACAAAAUAAAAUGUUAAAGUUAA